AUGGCUACCGAAUCAACCGUCAAAACAUUCUUCAACUCCCCUCAAUUCGCCGUCGUCGGCGCGAGCACGAACCCCGCCAAAUUCGGCCACAAGGUCUUUACCUGGUACCACGCGCACUCCCUCCCCGUAACGCCAAUCAACCCCUCGAGCGCCAGCAUCUCCACGCCCUUCGGCGCGCACCCCACCGUGAAGUCUCUCGCCGACCUCCCGGACCCGGAGCACACGUCGCUGUCGGUGAUCACGCCGGCGCCCGUGACCCUCGCCGUGCUGAAGGAGGCGAAGAAGCUCGGCAUCCCCGCCGUGUGGCUGCAGCCCGGCACGUGGGACGACGCCGUGCUGGAGUACGUUGGUGGUAAGGGGGAGGGGGAGGGGGAGGACAGGUACGAGGGCGCGGUCGUCGCGGGCGAUGGCGGGAACGGCCACGGCGGCUGGUGCGUCCUUGUCGAUGGCGAGAAGGGCCUCCGCGCCGCGGGCAAACUGUGA